CAGAUCGGCUACGCCGCCACAAGCACAGUGGCGCUUGUCAUCUUAUCUUCCACCUUCUCUCUCCCUUUCCCUCUCGCCUUCCCCUUGCCUGUCUACCAUAUAAAGCGCAAGCUGCGCACGAAUAAACGUUGAUUACCAGCCGCUAUCGUCACGUUCUUGCGGCGUCGUAACAGUGGCGACGACGAUGCGAUAGUAUAUCUUCCGCUGCUCUGUCGGCAGACAUGGUCAGCUAUGCAGUUCCGCCGCAGUUCGACGAGGCCGUUGACAAAUGGCCCGCUUACCAAAUCCGUCUGGAGGCGUUCUUCGAAGGCAACGGGGUGACAGACGGGAAGAAGAAACGCGCCUUACUCGUCGCAGCGCUGAGUACCAACACCGUGGACGUCAUCAGCGGACGCUGUGCUCCAGCAAAGGUAAAUGAGCUUCCGUACAGCGAAGUGGUCAGCCUUCUGCAGCAACAUUUCUCGCCAAAACUGAACGAAACGGCCCAGUCGUAUAAGUUCUUCUCCCGCAACCAGCUGCCGGGGGAACCGGUAAGAGACUUCGUUGUGGCCAUCCGACAAAUAGCAGACACGUGCAACUUCGGGGACACAUUGGACCGGAUGCUGAAGGAUCGGAUAGUCUGCGGCCUCCAAAAUUCAACGGUGCGUCGGCAACUUUUGGCUAAGCCGUUCUUGACGAGAACCGAAGCCGAGGAAGUCGCCGUAGCAGCAGAAAUGGCGGAAGAAAAUGUAAAGGAAAUGCAACGCGCCACGACAGAGGAUGGGGGCGUGCACGCCGUGGGAAGCAGGACGGCAAGGCAGAAAUGGCGGGAGACUGAGUCGCCGUGUUCCAGGUGUGGCAGAGGGGGACACCAGCCAGACGCGUGCCGUUUUCGGUCAGCGCAAUGCUACAACUGCCGCCAACGAGGUCAUAUCGCCAAGGCUUGUUUCCGUCGCGCCGACAGACCAGUCACCGCGUCAACAAGGCCAACCCAACAGCACGUCAAUGCACUGGCCCCGCGGGAUGAACAAGAGUGGGAUACCAGAACAGAGGGCCUGUUCAUGUUGGGGGCGUCAAUGGAACACGUCGGGCACAUCGAGACCACUCAGCCUAUUGCGGGUACCUUCGACUGGGGGGGCGUGCCUGUCAACAUGCAACUCGAUACGGGGUCUCCGGUGUCGGUCAUCACGUGGCCUACCUACAUGCGGCACAAAGCUGCGUGGCCGAGCCUCCAGGAUUCUCCUCUGAAGUUGACUUGUUUCCUCGGAAAACUACCAGUGCGCGGGCAGCUGAAGCUCAAGGUGGCCUUGGGAGACCAAGCCAGGGAAGGAACACUGACUGUCCUGGGCUGCUCCGGCCCCAACCUGUGUGGACGCGACCUCAUACACGCAUUCGACCUGCUGGAGAUGCCGGUACUCAGCGUAGCAACAGAAGGUGAGCCUUCGGCCUCCAGUUUCGUGGACAAGGUCAAUCUCAAGGGGUUGCUAGACGAAUUCGCGGAAGUGUUCGAGCCAGGGCUGGGCCUCAUUCAGGGGCCGCCAGUCCACCUUCAGCCUCGAGCGGACGCAGCUCCGAAGUUUUGUAAAGCACGUCAAGUGCCGUACGCCUUACGCUCAAAGGUAGAGGCAGAAAUUGACCGGUUAGUGGAAACGGGCGUUAUUAUCCCAAUUCCCCAUUCCGAUUGGGCAGCGCCUGUUGUGCCGGUAGUAAAGCGUAAUGGUAGCAUACGCCUUUGCGGAGAUUUCAAGAUCACGGUUAAUCAAGCAUGUCGGACUGAACAGUAUCCGCUUCCGCGAGUGGAAGAUAUUCUUGCAACGCUGAACGGAGGCGAAGUUUUUACUACGAUCGACUUACGCGACGCGUACAAUCAGCUCCCGUUAGAUAAGGCAUCUAUGCUACUCACGACCGUGAAUACGCAGAAAGGGCUAUUCUGUUUUACUCGUCUGCCAUUCGGCAUCGCGUCAGCACCAGCGUUGUUCCAGCGGCGUAUGGAGUCGAUUCUUCAAGGCCUAUCGGGAGUCCAGGUCUAUCUGGAUGACGUCAUUAUCGCUGAGAAACGUAAUGACUGCACCCUACUUAGGAAAGUAUUGCAAAGAUUUCGUGAGUCGGGGGUACGGGUGCAUCCAGGGAAGUCCAAGUUUCGACAGACCGAGGUGGACUUUUUGGGGCACCGAAUUAGCAAUCUAGGGGUGCAACCUAAGACAGAAAACAUAGAUGCAAUCCUCCAAGUUAAGGCGCCCCGAACAGUAGCCGAAGUAAGGUCCUUUGCAGGGCUGGUGACUUACUACCACAAGUUCCUCAAGAACGCGUCCUCGAUCAUGGCGCCGUUGUACGAGCUUCUCCGCGCGGAGGCAAAGUGGGAAUGGGGACCCAGACAGCAACGCGCGUUUAGCGAGGCGAAGACCCAACUCAAAAAAGCUGACUUCUUGGCGCAUUUUGACCCAGACAAGCCGUUAAUUCUUGAGUGUGACGCGUCACCAUUGGGCAUUGGCGCCGUACUGUCUCACGAUGUUGGCCAGGAGGUCCUGCGCCCCAUAGGGUUCCGCUCUCGCACACUCACAGCCGCCGAGCGGAAUUAUUCACAGUUAGAGCGGGAGGCCCUCGCUUUGGUGUUCGGUGUGUCGAAAUUCCGAACAUACCUCUUGGGAAGGUGUUUCACGCUCGCGACUGACCAUAAACCCUUGUUGGGGUUGUUUCAUCCUGAUAAGGCCGUACCGGCGAUGGCCGCGGGGCGGAUCCAACGGUGGGCUCUGCUGCUGGGGGCCUACAACUACGUCAUCCAGCACAAGGACGGCAAAGCCAAUAUUCCGGCCGACGCACUCAGCCGGCUUCCAGCGUCUGGAUCAGCACCCCCUGAAUCGGCGGAAGACGUGGAUGGCUGUGGCAAGACCCCGGCCAUGCUGCUAAUGGGAUACGAGCUGCGCUCAAGGCUAGAUAAUGCGGUCGUACCCCCACCAUCACGAGUCAACGAUCGGAACGACACUUAUACCAACAAUCCUGUCCACACAGGGGAACCAGUAUGGGUGCGAAAUUUUGGAAGAGGUGAACUGUGGACACCAGCUAGAGUACAGUCCACGGACGGCGCACGCAUGGUCACCGCCGACGGCAACGAGGGAGACGUCCUUCACAGACACCUCGAUCAAGUCAAGCCCCGGCUUCCCGAAAGUCCACCGGAAAGUGCUUCCAGUCCGUCACGUCUCCCGCCGCCGGAGGCAGCGCCAGGCCUGCAGCGACCGACUCGAACCAGGAGAGCCCCAGUGCGGUUUUCCCCCUAGGAGGGAGAAGACUGUUGCAGAUCGGCUACGCCGCCACAAGCAC